ACAAACGCUUUAUUCUUCGGAGACGUGCGGUCGCCGAAUUUGUGUCUUUUGACGCUCACCUUCAGCUGUUUCGGCUGAAUUUGUCCACAAUGGCAUCGGCUAUUGCAAGAGCAUUUUGCCAACCCAUCAAGAACCAAAUAGGUGUGGCACAACCCGCUAGAUGCCUUGGAGCAGUUAGUCAUGCAACUGCCAACAGCAAGGUUGCAGAAACUAAAGAAAAGAACUGGAAGAUUAUCCAGAACGUUGACAACUCCCCACUGUCCCGUGUCAUAAUUGCUGUGAAAGCUGGGUCCAGAUACGAGACUAGUUCAAAUCUAGGGAUCACACAUCUCAUAAGACAUGCUAUACAGGCUGGAAGUGAAGGUGGAAAUGACCUUGGUAUUUAUAACUCAUUGGAGAUUGUAGGCAGCGUUUUGAAUGUUAACACAGGCAGGGACCUAGCAUUUGUUUCUUUCAAUGCCUCAAAUCAGUAUGGGUUAGAAAUUAUUGAACCAUUAAUGCGAGUUGUGUUCCGCAACGGGGUCUCGGAGAUUGACUGGGAACGUUAUGGCAAGUUCUCCUCUAAAGUGGGAUACGAUCUAGCUGUGCUGAACACACAGCCCACUGUCAAGCUGUUGGAAAACCUCCAUGCUGUUGCCUACAGGGAUACACUUGGGAAUUCAGUCUACUGCCCAGCGUUCUUUGUGGGUUCACACUCUAGGAACCAGUUAAGUAGCUUUAUUGAGAGCCACUACUCCAAUGCCCACGCAGCCAUCAUCACAUCAGGGGUGAAUGAGGAACGAUACCAGCAGCUGGUGCGAGCCUUGGACGGCCUGCCUGUCUACGCAACCAGCACUACCAAGCAGGCUCGCAAAGACACGCCGGCUAAAUACUGGGGAGGUGAGAGAAGGGAGCACAUGCCUGGCCUAGAUGCCACAUAUGUUGCAGUGGCUGUUGAAGGAGCCAGCUUGAAGAGCAAGGACCUGUUGGCAGUGGGUGUGCUGCAGAGUGUGCUGGGACAGGGCAGUCGGAUCAAGUAUAGCCUCAAUAGCACCGGACCACGUCUCAGCUCUGCAGUAGCCAAGGCUGUCGGGGAUGCAGCAUUCUCUGUGAGUGCACUAAAUGCCAACUACUCUGACUCCGGACUGUUUGGCUUCGUUGUAGCAGCGCCAUCCAACAGUAUCGAUGCAGCUCUAAGGGCAGCCUGUAAGGAACUGAGCUCAGUAACCAAGAACGGAAUCACUGACCAAGAACUGGAGACUGGAAAGAAGCGAUUGAUCACUGGUCUGUCUAUGAAGUUUGAGUCCAAAGAGGCGCUGAUGAUAAGCCAGGCGGAGCAGACAUUGGCCGGACUCACGGUGGCCUCCCCUGAUCAGAUGAUCAAGCAGAUUACCAGCCUCACCGCAGCAGAGGUCAACGCUGUCGCCAAGAAGCUUGGUGAAAAAUGGUACUCCAUGUCAUCUGUAGGAGAUCUGACGCAGGUUCCUUACUUGGAAAACAUCGGGGAGCUGUGUACACGAUAGACAGAACACUGAACACUGCCAGGAUUUCAUUAUGUGCCGUUUGUGACAUUGUGCUUAGUUUUGACAAAAAUAAAGUGUUAUUGUGUACCGGUUAUAAUAGAUUUGAAAAAUUAUAUAUUAUUAAUUACAAAUGUUAAAUUUAUCUUGCUCGUGAUUGUUCUUUACUACCAGGCAUCAACUCAAGUGCAUAUGCCAUAUUUAGGACACACCAGAAGUUAUUUGAAAUGUAUAUUCGAAGGUUUUUCAUUUUUGUUAGACAAUAAGUCACAAUCUUAUCUAGUAUUGAUUUCAUGCUAAUGUGUUAAACAUUUUAUGUAUGAAGUGAAGACAUGGAAAAAAGGAGUUUUUAAUAAAUAAUUUAUUGUUUGAA